AAAAGAAGCGCUUUUAUUUUUCUUCUCCCUCUCUUAGAACUUGUUCGAAAAUCUGAACUCCAUCAAUUCUGCCCGCUGCAAAGAACCUUGUACGGCUAAUUCUCUUUCCAGUUCUUUAAACCUUAUCGCCUUCGUUCGUAACCCUACGGAUUUCUCCGAUCGAAUUUCUUCUUAUUUGCUUUAAUUUUUAGUUCGGAAUUUAUUCGUCGGUGAGCUUUUCCGAUUCGCCGCGUGAUUGGUUUGGCCGUACUGAAUUGUUUUUAAUGAGAGGCAUUUAUGAAAAAGAGAAGUUCGCAGAGAAGAUGAAGUGAACCAAAUGGCAAGGUCCAUAUAGUGAACCAGAUAGUCGGAAUGUACAGAAUCAUUCAUGUUUACAGCCCAACCAUCCAUAGCCGAAUAAGGUCCCGUUAAGCUCCACUUCCCUUUCUUAUCCUGUUGUGACCUGCAAAAGCCCACGUACUCUAUCCUUCCAGUUCGGGAGUUUCUAAGGCGACCCCUUUCCUUAAACGCAAGUUGUGUCGAAGCAAGACGAAUUUGACGUUUAUGCAAUUUUUGGCAGUCCUUUUUUAAGCGGCCCUGGAUACCCUACCUUGCCCUCGUCUUCCUUGUGAUGCAAUGCUGGUAAAAGGAUUUUUCUUUUCGUGAGUGCUGUUUUUCCAGAUUCAGGGAAUGCGAAUUGUGUAGUUAUGUGACGAAAUCUAUCACUAUGGUCUGAUUUCGAUAGUUUGGAUGGAUGUAUGCGAAUCGGCGCGGGCAUUUAGAAAGCAAACAGUAGCUGCGGCGCCAAGACAACCGUUGGUUCCUGCAGAAAAGAACAAUGAAGUUAUCACACGGUUUCCCUCGUGUUCCAAGAAAAUGUCACCUUCUCCUUCAUCGUUGUCUGGUCCUCGGCGUUGCCCAUCACCAAGCAUCACGCGGACGGUUCAUACAUCCUCCCAAUUGGUUCUUAAAAGAGCUCAAUCAGCAGAGAGGAAGCGACCGUCCACACCCCCUUCUCCAAGCCCGGCCGUACCGAUUGAUGGUUCAACAGCAGAUUUACAGUUGCUAUCGAAAAGAAUGAUUGGUGGUCGACCUGAUAGCUUAUGGCCCUCUACGAUGAGAAGUUUGAGCGUUUCGUUCCAAUCUGAUACAAUUUCUAUUCCUGUUAGUAAGAAGGAAAAACCCGUGUUAUCAUCUCCUUCUGAUCGAACUCUUAGGCCUUCUUCCAAUUUUCCUUCUAAGCAGGCCGAGACGCAAACUGUUGCACGGAAGUCCGCGCCAGAAAGAAAGAGGAGUCCAUUUAGAGGUAAAAAUGGGCACGAUCAAUCAGAGAAUUUCAAACCAGUUGCUGGGUCACGUACCCAAUUCAUAGAUCAGCAUAGAUGGCCUAGUCGAAUUGGUGCGAAAGCAUCCUCCAAUUCAUUAAAUUGUUGCGUGGAUCUCGCCGAUAAAAGAGUCCCAAUCUUAAAUAAGCCACUUAGAGGAAGCGCAUUAUCUUGUACGGUCGAGACUGUUAGCAAACCUCUACAGAAAUCGACCAGUGGUGUUAUGAGGCUAUCAUAUGUUGAUGGAAGGAGUAGAAAAGAAUUUGAGGCAAAUUCAGCCAAUGACAGUUCAAUGCAGGAAUCUGCAGCUAACAAGGUUGUUUCGUCAAGUUUAGCAGACAUAAAAAUAACAACAAACCGAGUUGUGAGAUAUGACUCGCCUACUCUUGUCCCACGACCAUCCUCUGUUACUAGAAGAGCUAGUCCAUCUCGAAUGACACCAUCAACUCCAACUCCUCGAGCAAUUAUCUCAUCACGAAUCAGACCUUCAAAUGCUACUCAACCCAAUGUUUCAACUUCUGUUCUUAGUUUCAUAGCAGAUUUUAAGAAGGGAAAGAAGGCUACAAGCUAUAUAGAAGGUGCUCAUCAGCUACGGCUUCUAUACAAUAGACAUUUGCAAUGGAGAUGUGCUAAUGCCCGCGCAGAGGCUGUUCUGCAUAAUCAGGAGGUGGCAGCAGAGAGAACUCUUCUUGGCGUAUGGAAUACGACACUAAAUCUGUGGGAUUCAGUAAUCAGAAAAAGGAUCAAUCUCCAACAGCUGAAGCUAGAGCUCAAGUUGAUUUCGGUUAUGAAUGAUCAAAUGAGCUACCUCAACGAAUGGGCUGUGCUUGAAAGAAGUCAUAAUCGAUCCUUAUCAGGUGUUAUAGACGAUUUGGAGGCGAGCACUCUUCGUGUUCCAUUGACUGGAGGAGCAAAAGUAGAUGCGGGCUCUUUAAAUGAUGCUAUUUUUUCAGCCGUUGAGGUGAUGCAAGCAAUGGGAUCCUCCAUUUGCUCCAUGCUCCCAAGGGUGGAGAUAAUGCAGACGUUGGUUAUUGAACUUGCAAUUUUAGCAGCCCAAGAAAAGGCUAUGCUUGAUGAAUGUAUAGCAUUGUUGGCAUCAACAGCAGCUUUGCAGGUUCAGGAGCAGAGUUUGUGGACGCAUCUCAUACAAACAAAGGAACGAUUGGAAAAGGGCUGCCUGGUUUAGGCGUUUAAAGGCAAGCUUCCCAACCUGACCGGCCCUGCUAGGCUAAGCAAGCUAACAACAAAGCCCAUUUUGUUACCUCACUGAAAGAUGAGUCAUUCUUCCAAAUCAGUCUUCCCCCGCAUGUAAAUUCAUUCUUUAGAUUCUCACCGGGAGUUUGUAGCUGUAGAUCCUUUUAUUUAUUUAUUUAAUUUUAAUCUAUUCCUCAUUUAAAAAUUUUCUUCAA